GGCCCCGCCCCGGCGCCGGUUCUGACGUCACCCUCUGCGCCGCUAGCCGCGGAAGCAGGAAGUGGGACCACAACAAAGGAGCGGCGGCCGGGAACGGACCUACCUGGCCUCGUCUCCUCGCCGCUAGCCCCCAGGCCCGGCCGCCAACUCCCCCAGCCGUCCGACCAUGUCCACCAUGGAGAAACACCUGUUCAACCUGAAGUUCGCGGCCAAAGAACUGAGCAGGAGUGCCAAAAAAUGCGACAAGGAGGAAAAGGCCGAAAAGGCCAAAAUUAAAAAGGCCAUUCAGAAGGGCAACAUGGAAGUGGCGAGGAUACACGCCGAGAACGCCAUCCGCCAGAAGAACCAGGGCGUGAACUUCCUGAGAAUGAGCGCGCGCGUCGAUGCGGUGGCCGCCCGAGUGCAGACGGCGGUGACCAUGGGCAAGGUGACCAAGUCCAUGGCCGGCGUGGUCAAGUCGAUGGACGCGACGCUGAAGACCAUGAACCUGGAGAAGAUCUCCGCCCUGAUGGACAAGUUCGAGCACCAGUUCGAGACGCUGGACGUCCAGACGCAGCAGAUGGAAGACACGAUGAGCAGCACGACCACGCUGACCACUCCCCAGAACCAGGUGGACCUGCUGCUCCAGGAGAUGGCCGACGAGGCGGGCCUCGACCUCAACAUGGAGCUGCCGCAGGGCCAGACCGGCUCCGUGGGCACCAGCGUGGCCUCGGCCGAGCAGGACGAGCUGUCCCAGAGACUGGCCCGCCUGCGGGACCAGGUGUGAGGCGGGCCGCGCCCAGCGCCCAGGUGUGCCGCGCAAAUGCUCUCUGAGAAGAUACGCGCCUUGGAAUGUGCCGCCCUGGAAUGUGCCGGAAGCUGAGACGCCCUUCCGACUGCCUUUGGGUUUACAGCAUUGAGAAUUCCAGUCUUUCUUCGCCCUUAACUGGAUCUUCAAGUUCUGUAUCGCUUGUGAUGAUUUGUAUUUUUAUACCUGCCUUUUAACAGGACUCGUUGAAUUGGUGUAUAUGGAUCUUGAGAAUUCGAUCUGAAUUGUAGCUCCCACAUACUCAGUUUCGCAUUUAAAAUUAUCAGAGUGAAGGGGUUUUGUUUUAGUGUGAUUGGUGAUACAUGGAUGACAGGUGGUACAUAAAAAUUGAAGAAGAGGGGCCGGGGAUUUAGCUCAGUGGUUCCGCAGCCUGCCUUGAAAGCACAAGGUUCUGAGUUCGAUCUCCGGUACCAAAAAAAAAAAAAAUUGAAGAGAACUGGCUAUUUAGCUUGGUUUCCUGCUGUAAACACUUCCUGCGGCUUACUCAGUGGACGGUGGUGUCUCUGUAUAGCCUUUAUUUUCCUUUGUUUUUCUUUGUGUUUGCCAUCAAAACAACUGCAAUUAAACUGCUGAUUCGUUCUCCUUUUACUACAAUUACCUUAGGAAAUUUUUCACUAAUACUCACUGUUUACGUUCUGUAAGUUUUUCAUGUGAUGAGAGUUUGUGUACCUGAAAAAAAAGCCACGUAACUUCAUUUAUUACCAGGAAAAAUUAAAUGUGUUCACUUAUAUUUUCUAUUUACUAAGUAGAGUUUUUAAAAAGUCUUAGAAGGUUUAACAUUGGGCAAUUUCUAGCUAUUUUCCUAUGUCAACACUUUUAAGUAGGCUCCUUAUAGUGUGUUAAUUAGCAUGGCAUUCGUAUUACACACCUAACAUUGCCAAAGAAUUGUUGAUUGCUUUGGGGAAACCCCGGGACAGUGUGUUUAUGGGUUUUGUUUUGAUUUUACCAACCAAAAACAAAUAAAAUUAGAACUGCAUUUUAAGUUCUAAUUAUUUGCAUUUAUUGUUUUGUCUUCAGCAACGCUUUAGAAAUUUCAAAAAUACAAGUUGGAAUGUUUUUCUUAGCCAUGCAAAUCCUGUAACUUGAAUCUGCAUCCAGCCAGCUUGAAGCCAGGAGGAAGGAGAGUUGGGAUUGGAAGGAAAGACAGCCCAGGCGCAGCUGUACUGCAUCUGUACCCCCUACCCCCAUGGCUGUGCGUGUCUCUGGAUGCUGACGUCAAGCUGUAGCCACCACUUUCCUCAUGGCCACAAAACAUGGAGAGCAGCAGUUUGCUUUUUGCUUGGCAAGUACUUAAGCUUAGUAUGUACUUACAGCUUUCUUAGUCUCGUUCCUUGACUGGCAGAUUUCUCAGAGAAUUCCAGUGUUUGAGAAAGUAAUCCGAUCCCUUCCAAGUUCUUUGAAAGUUUCAUAUCCAUGUGUUCAUCAUUAUAACUUGUUUUCCAGUGUGAAUGAGUGAAGGGAAGAACUAGCAGGUGUAGGCAGCUGAGCACUGCCCAGCAUCUCUGGAGGGCCCUGUGGCAGGCAGCCACAUGUGCAGAGACAGCUGUGUGGGUGCAACCCUGUGUCUUAGGCCUCUUGGAUUGGAAAACUUCAUCACAACCAGCAAAAUAGCUUAGCGGCAACUCCUUUGAUAAUUGAAGACCCUUUUAUAAUGCAAAUAUUCCCAUCAGAAUCUAUUUUGCGAGAUGAAACAAUGCUUGUAUAUGCUUGAACUUUCUUAAAAUAUGUUCAUUUCAAUACUAUAUGAAUGUACAUUUUUAUGAAUCAAAUGUUUUCAAAAGCACUACAGGCCCAUGGAUUAUUUCCUUCUUUUUGGACUUGAUGCAUUGUUGAAAUGAAAAUUACAGAAAUGUAUUAAAUAAAUCAAUUUAAGCUGCAUGUUACUGCAAAUUA